AUGUCAGGCAUCGGGGCUCCGUUCCUGCUGCUUUUGGCCUGCAGUGCCAGCUCCCCACGGCAGCUGCAAGUGCUGCUGGGCCUUGACAGCGGAGGCCGCUGGCUGAGGCUGGCGGUGAUUCUCUUGGCGGCCGGGGCGCAGCUGGGGCGGUUGGCCUUCCUCUGCAGCAAGCUGCCCUUCAUCGAAAACCGCCACGCCAGCAUCCAUGCAGACAAGGCCUGGCCGGACGGCGACCGCGGAGAGUUCUUCAACUGGAUGACGCGCCACGUGCCAAAGGAGGAGAUUGUCUUGGCGGCCAUGACGCUCUCGGCGGAGCUGCGCCUUGCCACGCCGCUGAAGCUCGCCAUCCACCCGCAGUUCGAGGCCCAGCAUCUCCGCGACCGCGUGCAGGAGCUGUACCAGUUCUACCAGUGCACGCCUCCCGCGAGCUUUGCGAAGACCAUGAAGAAGUACCGGUCCCGGUAUCUGGUUCUCGAGUUCAAGCGCUGCAGCUUUGGGCCCUUCCUCUUGGACAAAUACCCGGAGGUGAACUGCAAGGAGGGUGAUCGGCCCUGGCAGGACCUCUUCUGCCCGCGGGCCUUGGCCUCCCCGCUCUUCGAGCUGCAGUGGGCCAACGCGGAGUUCGCGGUGCUGCGGCUGCGGGGCAAAGAGGAGGUACCGCGCGAGGCCAAGGCCGGCAGUGUGGCGGAUCUCCAUACCUGGGAGCCCAUGCUGAAGCGCUGCCUGGAGGAGGAGCCAGAGCACUGCGCGGCCCGGGCCGCGGAUCUGGCGCUGGCCUUCCGGAAGAUGGGGCAGCCCAAGGUGACCCAGACGUUGCUGAAAUGGGCGGAGCAGCAUGGGUCCAAGGAUGCCGCCUUCCAGUACAUCAUGGGAUACCACCUGGACUACAACUUGGAUCAGAGCCAGCGCGCGGGGCAGUACUACCAGAGGGCCUCUGAGUUGGAGCCCAACAACCCGGUCUUUGUGAAGGAGUACCUCAUGUGGCUGGAGCUCAUUGCCAAGGACAACCGCACGCUGGUGCGGUUCCUGGGCCCGCGCCGCUUCUCUUCCGAAGGUCUGGCCAGCUUGGGGGCCUUGGGGUGCCCAGCCCUGGCCUGCGAGGCCUCCGUCACGGCCCGGGAGCUUUUUCAGGACCUGGACUGGUCCCAGGAGCUGUGGUCCUUGGCGCUGGAGAGGGGCAUCUGCAACCCGUGCGUGGGGAACAACUGGGCCCUCCACGCCGAGGGCCAGUCCAUGCGACAAGAUCUAGGGGACUGGGAGUUGCUGGUGAGCGCCUUCUGGCGACGCUCCAUGCGCAGCUCCAUGCUGGGGGUGGCAGGCAAUGCGGGGCGCUACGGGCACCAAGCGCGGCGGGUGAACAGGACCUGGAGCCUAAAGCCGAUAUUCGCCCUCAGCAAGGGCAGCAGCAUCAACGAGCUCCUUCAGCCGGGGGAUGUGGUCAAGCGACUCCAGGUGGUGAAUCUGGGCGACACCUUCGCGUCGGCACAGGCACCCAACACCCUGAAGUUCCCCGGCGAGAUGGUGCUUACGGAGCACUCUUGGUCCACCCAGACGCUGAUGCGCCACAACCGCCGGGACGACCGGGGACACGCCUACGUGCAGCUCCUGCGCAGCGGGCCCCGGAAGACGCUCCACUUUGAUCCCGCCAGCAGCUCCGCGGUCAUCGUCACCUGCGGAGGUCUGUGCCCGGGGCUCAACUCUGUCAUCCGCGAGAUCGUCAUGACGCUGACCAGCUACGGCGUGCAGCACAUUUACGGGUGCAAGGGUGGCUACAAAGGCAUGGUGAAGCCGGAUGACUGGGUCACCUUGACACCGGCGGUGGUCCAAGACAUUCACAACAAGGGCGGCACCAUCCUGGUCAGCGACCGAGGCAACCCGCCCCACAUGGACAUCGCCAAGACCUUGAAAGAGAGGAACAUUCGGCAGUACUUUGUGAUCGGCGGGGACGGCACCCAGAUGGGUGCCUUUGAGACCUUCACCGCUACCCAGGAGAUCCAGCACGAGGUGGCCGUGGUUGGCGUGCCGAAGACCAUCGACAAUGACAUCCCGGUGCUGGAUAGGUCCUUCGGCUUCAACACGGCCUGCAGCGAGGCGGAGCGCGCCAUCGACUCCGCCUACACGGAGCGCUUGCCGUACUUCUCCACGGAGCAUGGGCAGCGGCACUAUGAGAACACCUUGCCCGAGUAUUUGGAGAAGAUGCGUGGGAACAUGUGCUGGAUCCAGGAGUGGUACGAGGAGCCCGGGCUCGCCGAGUUGUGGCAGCUGCCGCUCGAGGCGCAGCUGGCGGACGGCGCAUCGAAUGUGCGGAAGGAGGAGGUGCUGGUCUUCGAAGACCAGGGGCGCCUCUGCCGGGACGCUUUGGAAUGCUCGGGCGUGCGGGCGACCUUUGUGAGCGAUUCGGACUUCCCGGAUCAGGAGGGGUUCAAAGCGCUUCUUUCCAAGCGCUGGGACCUGGUGGUCUUUGGUUUCGGCCUGGACCUCUUGGCGCAGGCGGAGGUGACUGAGGAGCUUUGGGCGCGCACGGAGGCUUUGUCGCGGUGGUACUUGGAGCUGGCGCGGGCUUUGCAGCGGUCCCCCUGCGGGCGCCUGGCCGUGCUGACCCGCGACGCCUUCUUCCCCAAGCGCCGGGCAUCGCUGGCGGCCGGGUGCCUGUGGGCCAUGGGCAACUGCAUCCGCCUGGAGCUGGCCGACCUCCCGUUGCAGUACAUCGACGUCUCUGGGACCGAGGGCCUGGCGCCUUCUCUGGCCGCGGAGCUCUUCUCGCAGGCCUUCGGCAGCUCCACGCUGCGCCUGGCCGGCGUCGGCGCUUCCGUCGGCCGCUUCGUGCUGCGCCAGGUGCCCAGCGAACAGUACCAGUUGCGGCACCGCUUCGAGCCUCCAGCGAGUGGGGAGAUUUUGAUCACCGGGGGCAACGGGAGCCUGGCGCAAGUCUUUGCGCUGCACCUGCUGCAGCAGGCGGAGCGGUGGAAUAGGGAGAACUUUGACCUGCCGGUCUGCAGCUUUCGGCUGCUCAUGCUCUCCCGCUCCGGCAGCGUGCGGGAGAGGGAGCUGGAGGCCUGGCGCCGGGUGCAGAGCUACGCCAAGAGCCUGAAGAUCCAGGUUGAGCAGCGGCGCUGCGACGUGGGCUGCGCCCAGGAGGUGGAGGACCUGGUGGCGUCUUUGUCCCCGAGGAUUGUGGGGGUGGUGCACACGGCUGGGGUGCUGCAAGAUGCGCUGCUGCCAGGGCAGAGCUGGGAGAAGAUGGCGGCGACCCUGGGGUGCAAGGCAAAGGCGGCCCUGUAUCUCCACGACAGCCUGGAAAGGCACAAGUCCAACCAGCUGAACUUCUUUUGGGCCUUCUCCUCCUCUUCGGUCUCUGGAAACAUGGGGCAGGUCAACUACGCGGGGGCCAACCACUUCUUGGAUGGCCUCAUGCGGCACCGGCACGCCUUGGGCAGGCCGGGGGUCGCCAUGCAGUGGGGCGCCUGGGGCGAGGCGGGCAUGGCUGCCAACAUGAGCGCGCCUAUGCGCGCCGCGAUUAUGAGCUCGCACCUGCCCUUCUUCUCCAACGAGGAGGGCUUUCGGGGCAUGCACGAGGGCAUCAGCUGCAAGUUGCCGAGCUUUGCGGUCUUCAAGCACAACCCCGAGGUCUUGGUCCAGAUGGCCACCUCCGGGGCCACGGCGGCGGAGCGCUACGCGCGGAACUUCGCCUCGGAGUUCUGCCCGGUGCCGCCACCGGCGAAGGCGGCGGUGGCGCAGGAGUUUUGGUACGACUUGUGGCGCAUGGCGCGGCAGAGGAAGAUCGCCUGUGGUAGUCUGUGGAUUGCUGGGCUCUUGCAGCUUUGCGAGGAGAAGGAGGAGGAUGAACUUCAAGGAAGAUCCCGCCCCUUCAGCGCGCCGCGAGAAUCGGAUGAGGUCGAGGCCACCUGCAACGCCCACUGCAUCGGCUUGGUGAAGCUCAUGGGCCGCUUGGCCCCAGCUCGGAGCAGCGCGGACAUGUGCCUGCUGCCGGAGAUGGACAUCUCACUGCCGCGGGUGCUGUCACAUGCCAUGCACCUUCUAAAGACCAAGGGCCAUGCGGUCAUCGUGGUGGCAGAAGGCUGCGGCGACACGCUGCUGAAGAGCAGCGGGGAGCGCGAUGCUGGGGGCAACAAGAAGCUGGCGGACGUGGGUCCCUGGUUGAAGGAGCAAUUGCUCAGCUACGCCAAGAGGCGCAGCGGCAAGGGGCGGGCCUUCCGACGCUUCUGA